CGCUUAUUUGAUACCAGAGAGACCAAUGGAGCCUGCUGAAGUACCAAGUCAGGUUAGCAAAGAUAAUUUUUUAGAAGUUCCUAACUUAUCUAGUUCUGUUUGUGAAGAUGAAGAAGUUAAAUCUACCUUCAAACCUGGUUUCUCCCCUCAGCCAAGUAGACGAGGUUCUGAGUCUUCUGAAGACAUGUACCUGGACACACCAACUUCAGGUUCCAGAAGAGUUUCAUUUGCUGACAACUUUGGAUUCAAUCUUGUAUCUGUUAAAGAAUUUGAUUGCUGGGAAUUACCAAGUGUUUCAACUGAUUUUGACUUAAACAAGGAUUUUUUUCACACAGAAGAAUAUGUUUUAGCUCCACUCUUUGAUUUGCCUUCUUCACAAGAAGAACUUAUGCAACAACUUCAAAUACAGAAAGCAAUCCUGGAGUCAACUGAGUAUCUUCCUGGGUCUACAAGUAUGAAGGGGAUUAUUCGAGUUUUGAAUAUAUCUUUUGAGAAGUUAGUGUAUGUGAGAAUGUCCUUAGAUGACUGGCAGACAUAUUAUGACAUUUUAGCAGAGUAUGUUCCUAAUUCAUGUGAUGGGGAAACUGACCAGUUUUCUUUUAAGAUUUCAUUGGUUCCUCCUUACCAAAGAGAUGGCAUUAAAGUUGAGUUUUGUAUACGCUAUGAAACUUCUGCUGGUACAUUUUGGUCAAAUAAUAAUGGCACAAAUUAUACAUUAGUUUGCCAAAAGAAAAAACAAGAGCCAGAGCCUGUAAAGCCAUCGGAAGAAGUUUCUAGUAGACAAAUAAAAGGCUGCUUAAAGGUAAAAUCAAGUAAAGAAGACUCAUCACUACCAUCAGAAAAGGAUAAUUUGGAGAAUGCAAAAAUUGCAGAUACCUAUAUCCCAACAAUCAUUUGUUCUCAUGAAGACAAGGAAGACUUGGAAGGCAGCGAUCAAAAUGUAAAAGAUGUGAAUAAGGAACAUGACGAACAUAAUGAAAAAGAAUUAGACUUGACUAUAAAUCAGCACUUAAUAACUAGAAGUGCUGCUUCCAGAGAUGAAAAGAAUAUACUUCCAACAAAUUCAGACAAUUUUCCAAAUAAAGCUGAAGGGUUAGAGAAGAAGGAAAUCCACGGUGAAAUAUGCACUAACUUGUACAAAAGGCCUUUGUCUCCAAGUUUAUCACCAGAAAGCUCCUCAAAGGGAGAUUUUUACCACCCUGAAAAAUAUUCUUCAGGAAAUGAGUGUAGUCAUCAACCUUCAGAGGAAAUUGCUUCAGAUGUAGGAGGGAUCAAGCCAUCAUUGGGAGAUUCUUGUAGUGACGAAUUAGUGCAAUUACACAUCAGCAGCAAGCAAGUCCUGGAUGAUAAUGCUAAUCCAGCCCGAGGAAGCAGUCGAGUGCAAAUAUCACAUCCCUCCUCAGAUCAACUAACAGCAGGAGGUCUUAAUAAGAAUUAUGAAGGAGGAACUGAGAAAAUUAAAGUAAAAGAUUGGGAAGGUUUAAGAAGAGAUUUCCAUUCAGAUGUAACCACGUAUCUGGAAGAAGCAGAAAAUGGAUCCUCCAAGGAAGAUUAUGGCAAGGGUAAAGAUGGAAAGGAGCAAAGAAUAUGCUUAGGUGUUAACAAAAAACGAAACAAAAAGUUUCAAUCAAUCUUAUAUGACCAAGAAAGAAAAAUGGGCCACUCUGAAAUAAGUGUGGAAGGAACUAAAGCUAGUAACAGAGACCUAACUGCUCUGUCAAACAAAGAUACUGCAAUUUCCACCUGGGCGAUCACAGCAGAUACACUUCCCUCACCAAGGACAAAUGAAAAUUGGGAUGAAGCUGUGUUAACAUCUCCACAGAGAUAUCUGUCACCUGGCAAAGGCACCACUUUAGAAGGGAUAAGUAGUCAAGUUGGUUCACCAAGAAAUGGGAAUGUUUUGAAGGAUGAUUAUCUUUUCCAAGUUGAAGGAAAACAAUCAGAUUGGAUUAAUCCUGAAGAUCAGAAUAAGAACACAUUGCAUAAACGAAAUUGGAAUGUUCCGGAAAGUGAGGGGAAAGAAAGAAGGAGUAAGGCAAAUAUAACAGAGCAGGUGAAAGAACAAGAAGAUUAUAAAGACAUGAGGGGAAAAAGAGAUAACAUGAGGAGUUUGAAAGCUACUCCUACAGAAGAAUUGUUUACCUGCCAAGAAACACAGUGUUAUGAACUGUCUUCUCUAGCUGAUCAUGGUGUUACUGAGAAAGCACAAGCAGUUACAGCUUAUAUAAUUAAGACAACAUCAGAAAGUACUCCAGAAAGCAUGUCUGCUGGAGAAAAAGCAAUAAUUGCUAAGCUACCUCAAGAGACAGCACGAAGUGACAAGCCCAUCGAGGUAAAAGAAGCAGCUUUUGAUCCACAUGAAGGGAGAAAUGAUGAUUCACAUUAUACCCUUUGUCAACGAGCUACAGCAGAUGUAAUCUAUGACAAUGAUUUUGAAAAGGAGUCAUGUUUAGGUGUUUGUAAUGUACAUGUAGAUGAAAUGGAGGAGAAAGCCACGUCUAUGUGCAAUCCUGGGAAGACACAUGACAGGGAGAAACAUGGCAUUGGAAAUGGAACAUCGAUAGAAGAAUCUUCACAGAUCAUUACAGGCAAUCAAAAAGCAACAUCAAAACUGGAUUUACAUUUUGAAGUGCUAUCAGCAGGCAAAAUAAUAGUCCCAGAAAAUAGAGAUCAGGGGCAGCUCCAAGAAUUGUCAAGGAAAACAGACUUGGAUGCUGUUGCUCUUUUUGCUUUUAACUCAGACGCUAACAGAGCGUCUCAGAAUGGUUCUCAUGUUUCCAGUCACCAUACUGAAACUUCAGUGCCAUCUUACAAACAGGCAAUUGCAGUGGAGAGUACAAUUAUUCCUACCAAAUCAGAAUAUAACUGUAAUCCCACAAAUGAAGUCCAGGAUCAUUCUGGGUCUGAACUGGAGGAUGUUUCCAAAAGUUCAGAAAUAAUGACACUAGGAAGUAGUAAAGAAAGAUGCAUGGGUCAGAUUUCCCAACCAGAAGAAUGCAGUGUGGAAAAAUCUGUAAGACCAAUGAUUUUAAUCAGUGAACCUCUUGAUCAAAUGGAUGAAACAAGGCAUGAAAAUAAAGGAUUAAUAAACUCUGGACAGUCACAAUGUUCUUCAGGUGACAAGGAAUCUGAGAGCUCUGCUUCUGCUAGUGUCCCUAUCCAGGAAAAUCAAGCUCAAAUCAAUGAUUCUCUGAUUUCAAAAUACAGCAACUCUAAAAUACCUUAUUUCCUGUUGUUUCUGAUAUUUCUUAUAACCAUCUACCAUUAUGACUUAAUGAUAGGCUUGGUGUUCUACCUGAUUUCAUUGUACUGGCUAUACAGGGCAGGGGGGAGACAAAAAGAGUCAGUCAAAAAGAAGUAACCCUGGCAUUACUAUUGUUUUCUCUUGAAAGAUAAGCUUUUUAGCCCCAAACAUUUGGAUUGGUGAAAGAGACUGUUCAUUGUUCAAAGAGCCAGUGCAGUUUUUCUCUUGAAGGAUCAUUUAAAAAGGAAUGCGUAUGGAGUUUGCUCCUUCAUAUAAGUAAUUAUUCUAUAUAGGACCAUUAUGUUUGGAUCAUUAAAUACCUAUAUGAAUAUAAGAUCUGAAGCACGUCAAGUUGAAAUUAGGUACAGCUGUUGCUCCUUAGCAAGCUAUGAAGUUGCAAUGCUUCAUGUCUCUUCACUACUUAAAGUGCUAUUUCUUGCGUUCAUUUCUUCUGCAGUAAAGCUUCAUUUUUUUUUCCCUGAGAGCACUUCCCCCUCCAUACAGUUUUUAAAAAUAGAUAAAACACGGACAAUGGCAGAUGAUUUUUUUCAUCCUUUAGAAUUGACCAUGAAAUUUGUAUUUUGUACUGUAUCAGUGUAUAUUGAUAGAGCAAAUAUUUCAACCUCUACUUCAUACACUUAGGAAAAUAUCCAUGUAUACUGAAAUAUGUAAACUUAACUUAAAGAAAUACAUUCUGUUCACUUGAAUUAUAAUUUAUACACAUACAACUUAUAUCUCCAUUAUACCUACAAAAUCAGGACAUUCAUAAGCCAAAUUUGACAAAGACUGAAACAACUGGGAAAUUAUCUUUCCAUUCUACAAAAUUUUGUGGAUAGCCUGUGUUGAAGCAAUGUUUUUCUCUUAUGAAGAGAAACCGUAACACAGCUGAAUAAUUUCAAUGCCAACUAUUAUUCAGACUUGAAAAUUUAAAUUAAAAGUUCCACAAGUAUCACUUCAGAAUGACUUUGUACCUAUAAAGCAUAAGACAUUAAGUGAAAAUAAUAAAAAAAGUAUUCAAAUGAACUAUUUUUCUAUGUGGUAACAUUUUGCCAUCAAACAAAUUUUUAAUCUUUUCUCAUGGUAAAACAAUGAAUUAUGCUCCAAGGUGCACUUAGAGUACAAACACCUAGUCUUCAGUGAUACUUCUUAUAUAAUUAUCAGAUUGAGAGAUGAAAACUCAAACUUUAAAGUAGGCAAUAGGUAUAUGUAGAAACCUACUGAAGAAAAAAUGAAUAUCAUGGAUAGCAGAGACUUUGAAUGCAAUAAUUAUGUAUGGAUAAAGGUGUGAAAUAAUAGAAUUAAUCACUUUAGAUCAUAAGGAUAUUAGAAAUAUUUGUUUCAACAAUUAUUUAUUAGGUGGCUUGUAAUAUGCAAAGUCCUGUUCUCUGUUCUAUGGCAGAGCAGUUCCUUUGAUUCUCUGUAUAGCUAGUCCUAGGUAUAGAAAUAUAGUGUGACACUCUUUAGUUUGCUAAGAGUAUGGAAAAAUGUCCCACACAAGAAGCCUUUUAAAAUGAUUCUUUUUCAAGAGAAUUUCUUUCAUAAAAUAUGUAACAUUGAUCCUUUAAGAAGGUAAUCUUUUCAUUUACCUGUAAUGACAAAUUCAACAAGUAAAACAAGCAUAUUAUUAUCUCUCACAUCUAGGAUAUAUACAUCUAUGAAAAGGUAAAAGAAGAAUGAAUCAUAUAAGUGGACUUUCCUCUGGUAGUAAAUGAUUUCCUUAAUUUUCGUUAGAUACAUAACCUUUUUCCCAAUCCCCUGUUUGCAUGCUACUCUUAAACCCCAUUGAAAAUGAAUGCAUGAAUUCAACACUUUAGUUGACCAAAUAUAAACAUCCUGAAGUAGAACUUAGGGCAAAUAUUUGAUUGUUUAAGAGAGCCAAGUAGAAUACUCUAUGCGGUGCCUAGAAAUUAUCUCUAAAAUUUCUGUCUUGAUAAUUUUGUUGACCGGUCUAAAUUACAAAGGAGUUAGCAUUGGCAUUUCUUCAGUUCUUCAGAGCUUGGUCUUUAAGUUCUACAUUUGAAGAGUUUUAGUCAAUAUGUCGUAUUUCAUUAAUGCAAUUAGCACUGUAUGACUGUAUAAGCACAGGUGCCAGAAUGGGAAUUCUUCCCUUAAAAAGAUAACAUAAUCUCUUUUAUCUCUAUUAUUUGACUUUUCAUAGCAUUAAUUUAUCAGACUUUCUCAUACAUUUAUUAUAAAACAAUAUGAAGUUCCAAAGGAUUUUAAAUACUCAUCUUUGUAUGUCUUUGCAUGCAAUACAGAAAUCCUAAAUGACUAAACUGACCAGGAACUAGAGAAAAGGUGAGAUCAAAAAGAAUUAACCUAGAAGGUAACACACAUGCACAGGAAAUUAAUCUGAGUCAACUCCCUGUAUAGCUAUC